AAAGAGGUUGAUAGAACAGGACAACAACUAUGCAACACAUCAUAGAUGCAUGUUAUUUCAUAUUUAUAAUAUAAGGAUUGGUCCGAGAGGUUGGAUUUCACAUUAGAUACAAAAAUGCCGCGGCUGUGUAACAAACAUUGAUAGUAUAUUUUUCAAUAAACAGUCAAUAAGCAGAGAAGAAGUUGUUGCUACAAAAGAGCUGAUAAAUAAUACGAGAUCGAAUCAAAAUUUGGUGGUGCCAUUAGGCCUGAGCGGAUGUCGGAGAAAAGACUUACCGGUGGCAAUAUUUUAUGCCCCUUUCCAAAGCUGACUGAUUCGACUCUGUAUCUAUAAAGACACUUUAUUGAACGCAUGUGUUUUGUUUUGGUACACUAAGCUGUCCAGAUGAUUAAGAUAUCGUCCGGAAAGAAGAAAAUAAAAAGAAUCCUGGCGCUUCCAGGUGCCGCGGCCACGGGAAGAAAUUGGCGUAGAAAGGAAGACAAUAGGGAUGGUUCUAGUGAAGGAACAGGCAAGCCAAGUGUUUAUCAUGCGACUGUUAUCAUCUUCCUGGAGUUCUUUGCAUGGGGCCUCCUAACCUCUCCUUCAAUCACAGUCCUUGGGGAAACUUUUGGUGAGCACACCUUUUUAAUGAAUGGACUUAUUCAAGGAGUCAAGGGGCUCUUGUCAUUUCUUAGUGCACCUCUCAUUGGUGCAUUGUCAGAUGUCUGGGGAAGAAAGUCAUUUCUGCUAGUUACAGUAUUUUUCACUUGCCUUCCAAUCCCUAUCCUUAGGUUUAAUCCUUGGUGGUUUUUUGCCUGUGUUUCAAUAUCUGGAGCAUUUGCAGUCACAUUUUCUGUAGUUUUUGCAUAUGUUGCUGACUGUACAGAUGAGUCUGAGAGAAGUCAGGCAUAUGGACUGAUAUCAGCGACAUUUGCUGCAAGUUUGAUUACAAGUCCAGCCCUUGGUGCUUAUUUAGAAAAGUAUUACCAUGAUGGUUUUGUCAUUGCCUUGGCAACAGCCAUUGCAUUGUUAGAUUUGUUGUUUAUUCUACUGGCUGUUCCAGAAUCACUUCCAGAAAGAAUGCGACCAGUUUCAUGGGGUGCGCCAAUUUCAUGGGAACAAGCAGAUCCAUUUAAUUCUUUAAGAAAAGUUGGACAUGACACAGUCAUACUUCUUCUAUCAGUCACUGUAUUCCUGUCAUAUUUACCAGAAGCUGGACAAUAUUCUUGUAUAUUUUUAUACCUAAAACAGGUCAUUGGUUUUGACUCAGAGGACGUGGCAACAUACAUUGCGGUUGUUGGUCUUCUCUCUGUCAUAGUGCAGACUUUGGUUCUUGGGAUUCUCAUCAAAACUCUAGGACUAAAAAAUUGCAUCUUGCUAGCUCUUUCUUUCCAAACAAUGCAGCUCCUUUGGUACGGCUUUGGUACACAGACGUGGAUGAUGUGGGCAGCAGGCUCCCUUGCUGCAAUGUCAAGUUUGGCAUACCCAGCAAUCAGUGCAAUGGUGUCAUGUAAUGCCGAUCCGGAUCAGCAGGGUGUGGUUCAAGGCAUUGUCACUGGUAUUCGAGGUUUAUGCAAUGGAAUAGGCCCUGCUUUAUAUGGCCUAAUAUUCUAUCUUUUUCACGUGGAUCUCAGUGACAAAAAGUCCACACAACUACGUAGCAAUUCAACCCUGCUCCGUGGCUUUGAUUCAAAUAUUACCACAACGAUACCCGGACCUCCGUUUGUGUUUGGCUCCUGCUUAGCACUGCUAGCUGUUCUUGUUGCAUUUUUUAUACCUGAUGGCAAUGGAAUGCCUAAAAAGAAUAGCGUGGGCUCUCCAGGCAAGGCACGCCAACGAUCAAGGACUUCGCUUAGUGAGUAUGAAAGCGGUACAGAUACACAACUAAGUAAUCAAGAGAAUGUUUGUCUAUUAAGUGAUAGUAACAAGCCUGGUUGAACCCGCAUCUUCAUAUAUGUGUUCUCCUAUCCGGUAUAAAGCUCUCUACCCCAGAUGGCGUUUGAAGAGUUAAGUCAGCAAUCAUCAUUCGUGUCUAGGCCUCCAAGGGGUAGGACAAACCGAGGCUGCUGCUAUCCGCCAUGAUCAUAUGGAAUUUACUACGAGUCAUUCAAGAGUCAUAUUGAAAACAUUCCAUUGAAAAUGAACUCCAGUUUGCUAGAUUUUAAUUUGUACGUGUUUUGGAGCUUUAAUCCAUCUUGAAUGUGUAAUAGUUUUACUAAUGUGCCCCUUGAACUUCGGAAAAUGACGGUAGGGCUAGAUUUUGAUCCCAUAAUGUCAUCUGUGCCAUGAUUUGCUCAUCUGGCUUUUAUGUGAUCCUGUAUUGGCAGGCCAGCCCAUUGCCCAAAUGUUUUACUAUAAAAUAAACAGGGUAAAUCUGCAUUACACAUAUCGUUGUACUCCGUAGCAAAAAAGUGCUUUUUUUAAUUCGCCUCAUAUCUCCUUCCUGUUUGUCCCGUUUAUAUAAAACGUUGCUAUAUUGUUGGUAUAACAGCCAGAGUAGAUGAGUGCUUUUCCAAUACAAUGCUUUCCAUCCUUACAAAUUUAACGAAACUGUCCAUAUAUUCAUGAUUUUAGACACGUAUAUACAACUACUAGAGGUACGUGUGCGUGUGUUUGUACAGAGACUGACCCCGAAACACUUGCUAGGUAGCAUGCGUGAAUAGUGCACGCAUUGGAAUGUCGAGUUAGUAAAAUCCUCGAUAUUUUCCAUGUUGGAUUUCAAAACAAAAAAGCAACACUAUAUUUUUUUCUAAUUCUCUCAACAUUUAUACCCAUCUGGGUUUAAAAUAAAGUUCUGAACAAAGUAAAGUUAUAAAAAAGAUAGAAAAUUGAUUUUUGUAAUAACUGUUACGCUUUGAUGUUUUAUUAAAUUAAGAUUGCUUUUUGUUUCAAAACGUAACUUUUUUAAUCGAAUAACUACACGAUAUGAGAAGAAGCAAAGAGGUUUGAUCUUCAAAAUUCACUGCAAAUAAAGCGCAUGUUGCAAUUUCAAGAAUUGCAUUUUAAAUCCAAAGAAAAAAAUAGAAUAGAUAGUUAGAAAUUUAUGUAUCAUGAAGAGUAAUUUUAUUAUUUUAUUCAUCUGAUUAGAUUUUUUUCAAUCAAGUGUUUAAAUAUGGUGUAUUCUGUUUUGUUUAUUUUGUAUUCAAUUCCCUUUGCUUUUUGUACCUGGGAGUGCGUUAAUUUGCCGGGGGCCAAGACAUAUUUAUUUUGUAUUUUUUCCAAUUCCAUGUUCAUGCUACUAGUGCUGAGGUAAAGUAGAAUGUGAAGUACCGCUC